AUGUCUGGAUCUUACUGCAAAAGUUUGUACCCGUUCAGCGGGGAUCAGCACCAGCAGGGGCUCAGCUUCGAGACGGGGGAAAUUAUUAAGGUUGUCCAGGCUUUGCCCGGCGGCUGGUGGGAAGGAGAGAAGGAUGGAGCCAGGGGAUGGUUUCCCUCAAGUUAUGUCCAGGUCCUGGAGAGGACUGCAUCUUUGAGUCAGCUUCCUGUUGAGGACCUCAGAGACCCCCUGCCUCCCCACUGGAGGUGCUACAUGUCUCCACAAGGGCGGCGAUACUAUGUGAACACAGUAAGCAACGAAACAACAUGGGAGAGGCCGUCCAGCACACCCGGGACCCCGAAAACCCCUCUGCGACACAAGAACUCCCUACCAGCAGUGAAUGGAUUUCACUCAGGUGGUAGUCCCUUGCAUCAUGUGGAGCAUUCACACAACAGUCUGGUGAGGAAGACCAGCACAGAGCCGCAGAGCCCGGGAUCAACGUCGCCCACCAGGAAGCAGAACAAGGAGACCACUAUCACGAUUAACUGUGUGACAUUCCCGUUGCCCAUGAGUAUGCCUGAACAACAGCUGCUGAAACCGGACGAAUGGAGCUACUGUGACUACUUCUGGACCGAUAAGAAGGAUCCCCAGGGCAACGGCUGCAUUACAGGAUUUGAGGUUUUGCUGCAGAAACAGCUAAAGGGGAAACAGAUGCAGAAAGAGAUGGCCGAGUUCGUACGAGAGAGGAUAAAGAUAGAAGAGGAAUAUGCCAAGAACCUCUCCAAGCUCUCCCAGAUCCCUCUCGCGAGCCAGGAAGAAGGGACUCUGGGGGAGGCUUGGGCCCAGCUGAAGAAGAGCCUGGCCGACGAGGCCGAGGUUCACCUAAAGUUCUCCUCAAAGCUCCAGAGUGAAGUGGAGAAGCCGCUGUUGACAUUCAGGGACAACUUUAAGAAGGACAUGAAGAGGUUCGACCAUCACAUCGCCGACCUGAGGAAGCAGCUGGUUGUUCGCUACGCGGCCGUGGAGAAGGCCCGUAAGGCUCUGGCUGACAGACAGAAGGACCUGGAGCUGAAGACUCAGCAGCUGGAGAUCAAACUCAGCAACAAGAUUGAAGAAGACAUCAAGAAGGCCCGCAGGAAAUCCACACAAGCAGGAGAUGAGCUGAUGCGCUGCGUCGACCUCUACAACCAGUCCCAGUCCAAGUGGUUUGAGGAGAUGGUCACCACGAGCCUGGAGCUGGAGAGGCUGGAGGUGGAGCGGGUGGAGAUGAUCAGACAGCAUCUGUGUCAGUACACCACCCUGCGGCACGAGACUGACAUGUUCAACCAAAGUACGAUGGAGCCGGUGGACCAGCUGCUGCAGAGCGUGGACCCGGCCAAAGAUCGAGAGCUCUGGGUCCGCGAGCACAAGACUGGAGAGGUCAGGCCAGUGGACAUCGAGAUCUAAGCUCCAACCUGUCAGAGGUGGACGCACACUUUUCCCCCAGAGCGCACAGACAUGCACACAUUGACCCAGAGGCAGCGUGCCUCACGGUUUAAUGUUGGAUCACAUUUCUUUGGGCUUUGGGAUCAUCCUUUCCCCACUGGUCCAUGUUUGAUAGACGGUCCGAUCAGUGCCCCUCUGACUUCAAACUGCUGAGAUCGACCACAGCGUUUUGGGAUUUUGUGAGAACUGUAAAGGAUGAGUUGAAAUGUCAAGAUGAUAUCAAGUGUGGUGGCUCAUAGGCUUUCGUCAUGCAACCUGAUGCCCAGCUAGGACGGCAUGACGCACAAGAAACAAGGUUCAAUCUGAAUUUGGUGCCAGCGGACGCUCAGGUGAGGCGAACAAUCGUGAAGCACCAACGGGGCACCAAUGAACAUUUCAUAUCCUGUAAAUAUUAAAAAAAGCUAUAUGUAUAUGCAGUGGCACAAAGCUGCUGUUUGUUUGUGCUUUUGCUCUGUAAGGUAGUUCUCUAACUGAGCUAUGUAGAGACACUUGGACAUAACUGUAAAUUGUUGGCAAAAAUGAUUUAACAGAUGCUGCUAAUGAAUCAGCAAAAUGCAUUCUGACCUUAAGAGUAUUCUAUUACUGUCUAGCAGAAUAAGGAUAAAGUAUUACAAUACUAGUGUACACUGUGCAGUUCUUGUUGAAAAUUCUGCAUGCUCUAAAAUCACAAAUCUGACGCCAUCUCAUCGAUCAAUGUGAUAUCUGCUCAUUCAUCACAUCUGAGAAUAGGAUACAGAUCCAAUGCUCAAGUAGACUCAGUUUCAUUUCCUUCACUGCUGUUUCAUCAUCCCUGUAAGAAUCAUUAAUUAGCCAAUUGCACUUUAUACCCAAAUUGUUUUUACUGAAUAUACUGUAGGUUGCUCAGAUGGAUCGUGUGUUCAAAAGCAAGUUGCUUAAUUUGAGCUUGCUUGUUAUGCUUCUUUUGAUUAGCAUUGGAACUGAAAGUGUUGCGGUUUUGUUCGGGGUGUUUACCAUGAGAAGAGUCCUGGUGUAAAUACAUGAGAGAAGUGUGAUUUGCUGUAGAAGUAAGGCGAGCAUAGAAUGAACGAGUGGAAUCUUCAGUUGGUAAAGAUAAUAUAUAAAAUGCCAUGUGUUUUUUUUUUUUUUUAAUGCAAAAGAAAUCACAGCUCUCUUGAAUAAACAUACUCUGCAGAUCUGGAACUAUAAGUCAGAUAUUCUACUGUCGCUCAAGUUGGAUUUAAUGUCCAUACUGCUGCCUGCAGAGGCUUAAUGUUGUACAAAAUGGUCUUUUGCAAUCAUAUCUGGUCCAGUAUUACUGAUAAGUAUUACUUGGCUAUUGAGAGAAGACUGAGGCAAGUUUUGUACAUUAAUUGCUAAAAGGUUGGCAUUUUUCAUUAAUAAAAUGAAAAUACAUGUUUCAUGUUAAAA